GCUAGCUACUCAACUUUAAUGUUGACAUUUAAAUUGUUACAGAUUUUGUAGACACCUAACAUUAAUAAAAUUGUACACUUUUGGCAAUGGCUGUAACAUCUCACAAAAGUGUAAGAAGCCGGGAACAAAGAGACACAUGUUGGCCCCGUCAGUUAAUUCAGAUUUCUUUCAUGAUCUUGCUCCCUCUGUUCUCUGUGACAAAAAAACACAGCCGCUGUCCUUGAAGAGGGGGGGAAUGGAGACGCAAGUGGAUGAGAGUCAACAGGGCGGCCAGCAAGGAAAAUUAACGUUUGCAGCUCCACAACUUCGAAACCCGCCAGCCAGCGCGGCCUCUGGGGGAUUCGGCGGGCUGAACUGCCAGCAGGAGUUUCUUCAACGCCGGCCGGGUCACUGGGAGCCAACGGCGGGGGCGAGUUUGGGCCUCCACUUGGCCUCCAGGCUUGGCGGCCGGGACGGCUGUUUCCGCGGAGGGCACCAGCUGGGGUAGGUGGGGCGACAUUCAAAAUGGGAGCGCCGAUCCUCCACGGUGCUAAUUAAGGGCUUUAAACUGCUUUGUGGCCGCCGUCUCCCUUGGCUGCAAGCGAUGCCUCUUCCGCCUUCUGUUCACGUAGUCCGCAUUAAGAACAUUCACACACCCUCGCUAAACACCGUGCCUGAAGUCUCAAGGGAAAACGCCCUUGGCUCCUCGGUUCAGUGCACAUACGGGGACGGCAGCCAGGAGAAGGGCUUAGCGACCCGCAACCAUAUCAGCGCACUCUACUCAGGCGCCACGCAGAUCGUGAGCUCCCAGUCCGCGGCGAUUGGUGUCGUCGCCGCCGCUAGGUACCUCCGCCCCUCCCCUCCCCGUCCGCGGUGUGUAACUCUGCCUUACGCCAGCCCCACCCCGCCGCCGAGAUUGCUAACUUCGGGCUGGUUGAAGGGUGAGGCUCAAGCCCCGCCCCGAGAGGGCGAGGGAGCCAAUGAGGAAACUUGUCUAACAAGACGGGUAGUGGCGAUGGCUAAGGCCUCCUGAAGCGGGCAAAGUUGGCGGGGGGAAGGGGAUGCGCGCGCGCGCGCUCGUCGGCGAGGGGAGAGCUGUGGUGGUCGUCAACUGAGGUGUCGGUUUGAGGUCACUACAUUAUUGCUUGGUGGCGAAAAAUGGGGGAGAUAGAAGGCACAUACAGAGUAUUGCAGACUCCAGGUUCUCGUUUGGGAGUCCAGAAGAAUUGUGGAGUAAGUACUCUGGAACCAGGUCAGAGCCUUUCCUCUGCCACUGAAUCAACACCUACCAAAACACAUGAGAGGUCUCUUCAGAUUAAGAUAAAGCUUUUGGACAACACCGUGGAGGUACUUGAUAUGGAGUCAAAAUGUUAUGGCCAGAAACUGUUGACAGACGUAUUUAAUCAUCUGAAUUUGGUUGAGUCUGACUACUUUGGAAUUGAGUUCCAGAACAUGCAGUCAUAUUGGAUCUGGCUUGAACCUAUGAAACCUAUAAUUAAACAAAUACGAAGACCAAAGAAUGCAGUGCUUCGUCUAGCUGUAAAAUUCUUUCCUCCUGAUCCUGGUCAGUUGCAAGAGGAGUUUACCAGGUAUCUAUUUGCACUACAAAUUAAGAGAGACCUAGCAGAAGAACGCCUUACCUGCAGUGACAACACUGCAGCACUCCUCAUAUCUCAUCUUCUGCAAUCCGAGGUUGGAGACUUUGAUGAAUCAGGGGACCGAGAGCACCUUAAAAAUAACCAGUACUUUCCAAACCAAGAAAGGCUGCAAGGAAAAAUACUUGAAUUUCACAAGAAGCAUAUAGGCCAAACUCCUGCUGAAUCAGAUUUCCAAGUGCUUGAGAUAGCUCGGAAAUUAGAGAUGUAUGGUAUGAGAUUUCACCUGGCAUCUGAUCGUGAGGGAACAAAAAUUAAUCUGGCUGUUUCAAACAUGGGAGUACUGGUAUUCCAGGGUAAUACAAAAAUCAAUACUUUCAACUGGUCCAAAAUCCGAAAAAUAAGCUUUAAGAGGAAAAGAUUCCUUAUCAAACUUCACCCAGAGGUUCAUGGUCCAUAUCAGGAUACUCUGGAGUUUCUUUUAGGAAGUAGAGAUGAAUGCAAGAACUUCUGGAAAAUAUGUGUUGAGUAUCAUACUUUCUUCAGGCUGUUUGAUCAGCCAAAACCAAAGUCAAAAGCUGUGUUCUUCAGCAGAGGAUCAUCUUUCAGAUACAGUGGGCGCACACAGAAACAGUUGGUGGAUUAUGUUAAAGAAAGUGGGUUGAAAAAAGUUCCAUAUGAAAGGAGACAUAGCAAAACUAGAAUGUCUGCUCAUGCCUUGAUUGCUGAUGCCCCCAAACAGAGUGUCUCAUUUACAGAAGGGUUAAGAACCCCAGGACCUAAUAUAUGUACAUAUUCAUCCUUCCCUUUGGAUAACCUAUCAUCCACAAACAUGGCAAGCUUGCCUGCUUUCACAGAGAGUAAUACCUUCUUUUUGGAGCCCAGAAUGUCACAUACAAGGAGCUUGUCCACAGAAGGAAAUAGUGGGGUAUCAGAAGAAACUGGAAAAAAAGUGUUACAGGAGCCUGGAUCACCAAUACUGCAGUCAUUCCAAGGUCCUCAGCUGUCUUCCUUUAAAAUGAAGAGUCCAGUGACCUUAAAUCCCCAGUUUCAUGGGAAUAUGAGUAUCCCUGUCCAGGGCUCAUCUCCUCUUUUGAGCCCAGUGCUGAGUGAUGUUGGUGGUGCCAGGGUAGAAGAAGAGGAUGAAGCACGGCGGAAGAGAUACCCAGCAGACAAAGCAUAUUUCAUUGCAAAAGAAAUUCUUGCUACUGAACGGACUUACUUAAAGGACCUAGAAGUCCUAACUGUAUGGUUCCGAAGUGCAGUAGUCAAAGAGAACGCUAUGCCUGAAGGACUUAUGUCCUUGUUCUUCUCUAACAUAGACCCUAUCUAUGAGUUUCACCGGAGUUUCUUGAAAGACCUUGAGCAGCGGCUAGCAUUCUGGGAAGGGCGUUCCAGUGCUUCCACAAAAGGAGACUAUCAACGGAUUGGUGAUGUCAUGCUGAAAAAUAUGUGUAUGCUAAAGGAAUUUGUCAGCUACCUGCGGAAACAUGAUGAGGUCUUGACAGAACUAGAGAAAGCAACUAAGCAUAUUAAGAAACUGGAAAUGGUUUAUAAGGAGUUUGAACUCCAGAAGGUUUGUUAUUUGCCGCUCAACACUUUCCUGCUCAAACCAAUCCAGAGGUUAAUGCACUACAAGCUGAUCCUGGGGAGACUUUGCAAACACUACACAGCAGAUCACCGGGACUACGCUGACUGCAGAAAUGCAUUGAAGGAAGUCACAGAAAUGACAUCACAGCUUCAAAACAGCCUGAUCCGCUUGGAGAAUUUCCAGAAGCUGACAGAGUUACAGCAUGAUCUGCUUGGCGUUGAUAACCUUGUAGCAGCUGGCAGAGAGUUUAUCCGAGAAGGCUGCUUAUACAAGCUGACAAAAAAGGGUUUACAGCAAAGGAUGUUCUUUCUGUUUUCAGAUAUGUUGCUCUACACAAGUAAAGGAGUCACAGGUACCAACCAAUUUAAAAUUCACGGCCACCUCUCUCUGCAUGGCAUGCUGGUGGAAGAGAGUGAAAAUGAAUGGUCUGUCCCUCAUUGUUUCACAAUCUAUUCUGCUCAAAAAACCAUAGUAGUGGCAGCCAGCACGCGUCUCGAAAUGGGGAAAUGGAUGGAAGACCUCAAUGUGGCCAUUGAAAUGGCUAAGAAAACCACUGAGAAAUCAGACAUGUUUCUAGAAAAUUCCCUAUGCAGUCGUUCUAACAGAUCCUCAGAUGAGGUUUCUCUAGAACAGGAGUCCGAAGAGGACAUACAUUCUUCUCGUAGUUCCCUGGACAGGCAGAGUCACCACCGUGCCAAUACUACUAUGCAUGUGUGCUGGUACCGCAACACCAGUGUCUCCAUGACUGAUCACAGUGUGGCCGUCGAGAACCAGUUAUCAGGGUACCUGCUGAGGAAAUUCAAGAACAGUAAUGGAUGGCAGAAAUUAUGGGUGGUAUUUACCAAUUUCUGUCUGUUCUUCUACAAAACACACCAGGAUGAUUAUCCACUGGCUAGUUUACCACUUCUUGGAUACUCAGUCAGCAUCCCUGUGGAGGCAGAUGGCAUUCAGAAGGAUUAUGUCUUCAAACUUCAGUUUAAAUCCCAUGUCUAUUUCUUCAGGGCUGAAAGCAAGUAUACCUUUGAGAGGUGGAUGGAAGUGAUAAAGAGAGCCACAAGUUCUCCUGGAAGAUCCAGCCUCCUCAUCCCAAAAGGGGAAAAAGAAAAGAUCACAAACUGAAAAAAGCAGAGCUGGGUCUCCGUUAAGUUAUUUUGCAGCAUGGUGGGGGAUGCUGGGAAGGAGUCUGAACUUGAUAGUAAUAAAAUGAGAUGCCAUCUGUUACCUGCUCUGGCCAAGUUAGUGUCCUCAUGGAAGCUGAUGAUUUUUGUUGGAGUAUGAAAAUCAAUCUUAUUCAAAGGGGGACUGCAAAGCCUCUGGAGAACUCCAUUUGUGCAAAAACUGCAGCUGCUCAAUUUGUGUCUAACACUUUUUUUAAAAAAAUAUACCAUUAAUAGCAGCUGUUGGUCACAUGUGGCUGACCUUAAAACUUCUGGCUUUCAGAUGGCUUCCUUGGACUUGCUAAUGCUCAAGUCCUGCUAAAUAAUCUUUGUGCAAUUUGUUCUUUCAGUCUACCAGCCAUACAUGCCUCACAUGCUGCAAGCUAUGUUCAUAUUACUCUUAAAGUUGGAAUUUCUCCUUGUUGUAAAAUGGAGGACUUCAGAAAAAUGCCAAAUGACAACUUUCACCUCUUUACAUCCCUGGAGUUGACAUGGUAGCUGGUUGUUGCUUGAAGUGGACUGAUGGAAGAAGAGAGCUGUAGUUAGUUCAAGAGCUUACACAGACAAUUCUUAAGGAUGCUAAAAUAAGGAUAAUAAGUCUUUGAGUGCACCUCCAUCAUUACUUCCAUUACAGUUAACAUUCUAAAUGCUCUCUAUCCUGAUGUUGUACUCUACAGGUUUCUU